UGUCAGUGGAGCGGGGCGCGCGCUCACCCUGGGGUUCCGAGCCGGGGACCCCGAAGGCCCGCGCGGACGGAGGCGUGUCGCUCCGGCUGUCACCUUCCCUAGGCGGCCUCUUGUAGACGCGCGCCUGAAAUGCAGGACACGGCCCACUAAGCACUGCCAGGCACAGCUACAGCGCUUAGGAGCCCAUCCCCCCUAGCCUGCGCCCCCAGAUUCAGGCAGAUCAUCUUAAAGGACCUAAGACUCCAAAAAUGUUUCCUCUGAAGGAUGCUGAGAUGGGCGCCUUUACCUUCUUUGCCUCUGCUCUCCCACAUGAUGUUUGUGGAAGCAACGGACUUCCUCUCACACCAAAUUCCAUCAAAAUCCUAGGUCGCUUUCAAAUCCUUAAGACCAUCACCCAUCCCAGACUGUGCCAAUAUGUGGAUAUUUCUAGGGGAAAGCAUGAAAGACUGGUGGUGGUGGCGGAGCACUGUGAGCGGAGUUUGGAAGACCUUCUACGAGAAAGGAAACCUGUGAGUUAUUCAACAGUUUUGUGCAUAGCAUAUGAGGUACUUGAGGGCUUGCAGUACUUGAACAAGCAUGGCAUAGUACACCGGGCCUUGUCCCCUCAUAAUAUCCUGUUGGAUCGGAAGGGUCAUAUUAAACUGGCUAAAUUUGGACUUUAUCACAUGACAGCCCAUGGUGAUGAUGUUGAUUUCCCAAUAGGGUAUCCCUCAUAUCUGGCUCCUGAGGUAAUUGCACAAGGAAUUUUCAAAACUACUGAUCAUGUGCCAAGUGAAAAACCAUUACCUUCUGGCCCCAGAUCAGAUGUAUGGUCUCUUGGGAUAAUUUUAUUUGAGCUUUGUGUGGGGAGAAAAUUGUUUCAGAGCUUGGAUAUUUCUGAAAGAGUAAAAUUUUUGCUUACUUUGGGCUGUGUAGAUGAUACUAUAAUAGUUCUCGCUGAGGAGCAUGGGUGUCUGGACAUUAUCAAGGAGCUUCCUGAAAAUGUGAUAAAUAUUUUGAAGAAGUGCCUCACCUUCCAUCCCUCUAAGAGGCCAACCCCAGAUGAGUUAAUGAAGGACCAGGUGUUCAGUGAAGUGUCACCUUUAUAUACCCCCUUUAUCAAACCUGCCGGUCUGUUUUCAUCUUCUCUGAGAUGCGCUGAUUUAACUCUGCCUGAGGAUAUCAGUGACUUGUGUAAAGAUACAGACAGUGACUACCUGGCGGAGAGAUCUAUUGAGGAAGUUUACUACCUUUGGUGUUUGGCUGGAGGGGACCUGGAGAAGGAGCUUAUAAACAAGGAAAUUAUUCGAUCCAAACCUCCUAUCUGCACACUCCCCAAUUUUCUCUUUGAAGAUGGAGAAAGUUUUGGACAAGGUCGAGAUAGAAGCUCACUCUUAGAUGACACCACUGUCACGUUGUCUUUGUGCCAGCUAAGAAAUAGAUUAAAAGAUGUUGGUGGAGAAGCGUUUUACCCAUUGCUUGAAGAUGACCAGUCAAGUUUGCCGCAUUCCAACAGCAACAAUGAGUUGUCUGCAGCUGCCACCCUGCCUCUAAUCAUCAGGGAGCGGGAUACAGAAUAUCAACUAAACAGGAUUAUUCUCUUUGACAGGCUCUUGAAGGCUUACCCAUACAAAAAAAAUCAAAUCUGGAAAGAAGCAAGAGUUGAUAUCCCUCCACUUAUGAGAGGAUUAACCUGGGCUGCUCUUUUGGGAGUUGAGGGAGCUAUUCAUGCCAAGUACGAUGCCAUUGACAAAGACACUCCGAUUCCUACAGACAGACAGAUUGAAGUGGACAUCCCUCGCUGUCAUCAGUACGAUGAGCUGUUGUCAUCACCAGAAGGCCAUGCAAAGUUCCGGCGUGUACUGAAGGCCUGGGUAGUUUCUCAUCCUGAUCUUGUGUACUGGCAAGGUCUUGACUCACUCUGUGCUCCAUUCCUGUAUCUAAAUUUCAACAAUGAAGCUUUGGCGUAUGCAUGCAUGUCUGCUUUUAUUCCCAAAUACCUGUAUAACUUCUUCUUGAAGGACAACUCACAUGUAAUACAAGAGUACCUGACUGUCUUCUCCCAGAUGAUCGCCUUCCAUGAUCCAGAGCUGAGUAAUCACCUCAACGAGAUUGGCUUCAUUCCUGAUCUCUACGCCAUCCCUUGGUUUCUCACCAUGUUUACUCAUGUAUUUCCACUGCACAAAAUUUUCCACCUCUGGGAUACAUUACUGCUCGGAAAUUCCUCUUUCCCAUUCUGCAUUGGAGUAGCCAUCCUCCAGCAGCUGCGGGACCGUCUUUUGGCCAAUGGCUUCAAUGAAUGCAUCCUUCUCUUCUCUGACUUACCAGAAAUUGACAUUGAACGCUGUGUACGCGAGUCGGUCAAUCUGUUUUGCUGGACUCCUAAAAGUGCUACAUACAGACAGCAUGCGCAGCCUCCAAAGCCGGCCUCGGAGAGCAGUGCAGUGCGGAGCUCAGUGCCUUACUUCUCUACUGAGUGUACAGAUCCUCCAAAGACAGACCUGUCAAGAGAAUCCAUCCCUUUAAGUGACCUGAAAUCAGAAGUAUCACCCCGGAUUUCAGCAGAGGACCUAAUCGAUUUGUGUGAGCUCACAGUGACAGGCCACUUCAAAACCCCCACCAAGAAAACCAAGUCCGGUAAACCAAAGCUCCUGGUGGUGGACGUCAGAAACAGUGAGGACUUCCUUCGCGGGCACAUUGCAGGCAGCAUCAACAUCCCAUUCAGCGCAGCAUUCACAGCAGAAGGAGAGCUCAGCCAGGGCCCUUACACCACCAUGCUGCACAACUUCAAGGGGAAGGUCAUUGUGGUUGUGGGCCACGUGGCUAAGCAAACAGCUGAGUUUGCAGCUCAUCUGGUGAAGAUGAAAUACCCAAGAGUCUGCAUUCUAGAUGGCGGCAUUAACAAGAUCAGGCCAACAGGCCUCCUCACAGUCCCCUCUCCUCAGAUAUGAAGGACCAAGUGCAUGGCUGGCAAGGGAGUGCCAUCACUCCCUCACAGCCUGUCACACUGAGACACAAGUGGACAUCAGACCACUGCAUUGCAAAGUUUCCUCAUGAGAUGCUUUUGAAAAUCAUGAUUCAAAUGGUCGCCUAUCUAGGCAAGAAAUUUGAUUGUUCAUGUAUUACUAAAAGACUUUUCUUAAUAGUGAAAUCCAAUCAUGCCAUAUAAACCCACACUGCCACAUAAAGCCAGAGGAAUUCAGCUGACAGGGCAGAUUUAGCACUCUCAAGAAUCCACGAUGAACUGAGAAAGCUGCCGUCCAGUGCACUGAGCAGACUGUCUAACAAAGGUGUUUAGAAAAUAUGAUGUAUUUUACAACCUCUUCCUUACGCAGAAAUUAGAAAGCUAGUCACAGUAAAUGUGGCAUUUGUUAACUCACAAACGUGUGUGUGUGUGUGUGUGUACAUGUGUAUAUGUACAUGUGUAUAUGUACAUGUGUAUAUGUGCAUGUGUAUAUGUACAUGUCUGUAUGUGUUUAGACCAUUGUGAAAAGUGGUAGCAGAAUUCUCAGAGAAUGGACCUUCAGAGACCAGUCAUAUUUGAUAACAUAUUUGUCCACUUCUAUAGCAGGAAACUCAAAGAAUGACUCAAACAGCUUUUCUGAUCUAACACACUCAAGUCUUCAUGGACAGAAACUACUUCCUUACCUGCACAGUGGUACAGAGCUGAUAUCUUCUACUGCUUUUCUUCUUGUGACUCUGAAAGCUCCUUAGACUGUGGCAGCGUAAGCCAGGUGGUUUCCUGGUGCUGAGGGGGGAAAUGGACAUAAGCCCGGCCCUCACCAAGAAGCUAUCUCCAGUUGAUAACCUCUCACAAUACAAACCACACAAGUCAGACCCCAUGCCCAGCAGUUGAUGGCCAACAAAACAACUCAAUUGUAUUUUUAGAUUUUUUUGUCUGAUAUUGCUUUGUUUGGCAUUUUUUACCUUUAUUUUUUUUUCUUA